GAUUUAAAUUAAAUCCAAUAAAUGUCUUAUAAAACAUUGUGCAAUAUUCGUUAGGGACUAAUAAAAUAAUAAUAAUAAUAAUUUAUUAUGAACGCAAACGUCUAUAUUUACUUUGUGUUAAUGUGAAUCCUGUCGAGCAGCGUCCGUUUGUCACAAACUGUAGAAUAGCUUUGUCUCCCUCUUUUGGCUACUUUUGCAUAGUGUUGUCUAAAUUUGAGUUCUAAAUUUUUCUAUUUCUUACUGCUAAAUAACCAACACAGAUCAGAUUCUGCAUCGCUUGAUUUCCGUAUUCAAUAAUGUCAUUUAAAUCGGUCUCCAAAAUUACAUUUUUGAUCACAACCCCCCCUGUUUUUCGUUUCUUUCGUUUCUUUUAAACAAGAUUAUCUCACGAGCCAGCUAUGCUAACGGCUAAGUGAGCUACGUUGCAGGAUAAAAUUCAAUUUACUGGUGUUUUGGAGAUUAAACUUGCCCCCUAAUGGAUUUAAUUCAAGAGACAAGAAGACUGAAGCGGUGUAAAAAGAGCAAGGCGUGUAGCAAAGUUUCCUCGCCUCCUCCACCCACAUGACCACAUCACACUCAGAGACAGGGCUCUCUUUGGGGAGAUAAAUGAUCGCUGGUCGACUCGUCUGCACAAACUUCGCUGGCAUGAUGAAGGUUAGCGCGCACAGCCUUUCUCGCUGAACCAACACAGGCAACAAGUGCAAGCCAUCAACCCCUAAGUCAGAGCCAGAACUGAAGUGCCCCAGAAGCCUGAGACCAUUUUUCUGGGGUGGAGAUGAGGUCCUUCCUCUCGUGAUUGAGGAGAUCACAAGACAUGGAUGGACAGGAAAAUGUUGUGGUGGCGCUGAGCCACAAGAGAAGCUCACCAUUUACUCUCUCACAUGGAGUCCUGCAGCCCACCAAGGAGACAUGAUACUUCUGAGGAGGGGUUUCUAAGGAGAGUGAAGUUAGAGGCAGACUUGUCUGCGAUACAACCACAGCUAAGUGGUACUGAUCGACUGUCCUGUUAUUCACUUUAUAACCUUGUUCAAGUUGGCUUCUACGGCCUGCCGGGCAACUUAAUGGCUUUGUUGUUGAACACAAUGUUGCUCCUAUUCCCCUACUGUUUUUCCCUUUUCUGUCCAGGUCUGAAGAAUCAUGUCACAGUUGUACUACGGGAAAGCUGACGACUCCUCUUUCAGUGACUGCAUUCCUCUGCGCAUAGUUAGAGCAGAGUCUGAGCUGUCUGUGCAGGAGAAGGCCUACCUGGGCGCCGUGGAGAAGGGUGACUACGCCACCGUGAAAGAAGCCCUGGAAGAUGCUGAGAUCUACUUCAGGAUCAACAUCAACUGCAUCGAUACCUUGGGCCGCACGGCUCUGCUCAUCGCGAUCGAGAAUGAGAACUUGGAGAUCGUGGAGCUGCUUCUUAGCUUUAACGUGCAUGUGGGCGACGCCCUUUUGCACGCCAUUCGCAAGGAAGUGGUGGGAGCUGUAGAGCUGCUGCUGAACCACAAGAAGCCACGCGGGGAGAACCAGGUGCCCCCCUUCCUGCUGGAGAGACAGUUCUCAGACUUCACUCCAGACAUCACGCCGAUCAUUCUGGCAGGCCACACUAACAACUACGAGAUCAUUAAACUGCUUCUGCAGCACGGCGUCUCCAUCCCGCAGCCACAUGCUGUGCGCUGCAACUGCCUGGACUGCGUCUCCGGCUCUGACGUGGACGGUCUGCGCCAGUCCCGCUCCCGUCUGAACAUCUACAAGGCCCUCGCCAGCCCAUCGCUCAUCGCCCUCUCCAGCGAGGAUCCUUUCCUCACUGCCUUCAAGCUGAGCUGGGAGCUGAAGGAACUCAGCACGGUGGAGAACGAAUUCAAGUCAGAGUAUGAGCAGCUGUCCCAUACGUGCAAGCGGUUUGCCAAGAAUCUUUUGGAUCAGACACGAAGUUCAAAGGAGCUGGAGACUAUUCUGAACUACAGUGACAACAGCAACCACAUGCUGGAAGAGAACACCAGUGAUCUUGCUCGGCUGAAGCUGGCCAUCAAAUAUGAACAGAAGGAGUUUGUGGCUCAGCCCAAUUGUCAGCAGCUGCUGGCCUCUCGCUGGUACGAUGAGUUCCCCGGCUGGCGGCGACGUCACUGGGCUGUAAAGCUCAUCACUUGCAUCUUUAUCGGACUCCUCUUUCCUCUGUUAUCCAUCUUUUAUCUGAUCUGUCCUAAAAGCCACUUUGGCUUAUUCAUCCGUAAGCCGUUCAUCAAGUUCAUCUGUCACACUGCUUCCUACCUGACCUUCCUCUUCCUGCUUUUCUUGGCAUCACAGCAUAUAACAAGCAACAAAGACAUUCAGGGCCCCGAGCCCACCACUGUGGAGUGGAUGAUCCUCCCCUGGGUGCUUGGUUUCAUUUGGACUGAGAUCAAGCAGAUGUGGGAUAAUGGCCUGGAAGACUACUUAGAUGAUUGGUGGAACAUUAUGGAUUUUAUCAUGAACUCACUGUAUCUUGCCACCAUUUCUUUAAAGAUUGUUGCCCAUGUGAAGUUCGGCGUCCACAUCACCAGAUGCACCUGGGAAAUGCUGCACCCCACUCUGGUGGCGGAGGCCUUGUUCUCCAUCGCCAAUAUCUUCAGCUCCUUGCGCCUCAUUAGCCUGUUCACGUCCAACUCUCACCUGGGCCCGCUUCAGAUCUCGCUGGGUCGCAUGCUCCUGGACAUCCUCAAGUUCCUCUUCAUCUACUGUCUGGUUCUGCUGGCCUUCGCCAACGGCCUCAACCAGCUCUACUUCUACUACGAAACCGAGCCCAAAGACAAUUGCUGGGGGAUCCGCUGCCUCAACCAAAACAAUGCAUUCUCAACGCUUUUCGAAACCAUGCAGUCAUUAUUCUGGUCCAUAUUUGGCCUGAUUUCUCUCUACGUGACCAAUGUGAAGCCAGACCACAAAUUCACCGAGUUCGUCGGAACCACCAUGUUCGGAACAUACAACGUCAUAUCUCUUGUGGUGUUGCUGAAUAUGCUCAUCGCGAUGAUGAACAACUCCUACCAGCACAUUGCGGAUCAUGCAGAUAUUGAGUGGAAAUUUGCCAGAACAAAGUUAUGGAUGAGCUACUUCGAAGAGGGAGGGACUUUACCGUCGCCGUUCAAUAUCAUCCCGAGUCCCAAGUCUGUGAUUUACCUCAUGAAGUGGAUCAACCAGCACGUAUUUACCAGAUCGAGAAGGAAGGGGCUCACGACUUUUGAAACGUUGGGGAGACAAGCUGCAGAAAAUGUCCAACUGAACCACAGGUACCAGGAGGUUCUGAAAAAUCUGGUGAAGCGCUACGUGGCUGCGAAGAUCAAAGACGCCAAGAAGGGCGAGGGGUUGACGGAGGAGAACUUCAAGGAGUUGAAGCAGGAUAUUUCCAGCUUCCGAUACGAGGUCAUGGGAAUGAUGAAGGGAAAAUAUCACAACAACUUGUUGGUCACCAACUCCGCCUUGGCAUAUCCGGGAAAUUCGUUCAAAUAUUCGCCCAAAUUCUUUGCCGAUGAGUCACAUCUGAAGCCGGACGAUAUCAAAAUCAACACGCCGACAUUCGCGUCCAGUCCGGAGGCCUGCGUCAUGGCUGAGCGUCGCACACUUCUCAGUCCUCGACACUGCCAUCGUGAGCCACCGAGGGACGCUGAGCUCAGUCACAGACAGCCCAGACCUCCCUCUGAGAAGUCCGAGGAGUCAUGUCCGCGGCCGGUGGACGAUUCCUCCAAACCUGGGGAGCAAAAGAUAGAGUUCCAGGGAGGGAAAGUGAUGUCCCAGGUUGUGCGGAAGGUCGUGCAACAGUUUGAGAAGGCGAACAAGGAAAGCAAAUCUGACUCAGAUCAGCCAAGGAAACAUACAAAUUGAUGGGCUGAUGUCAUUUAACAACCUUGUUCCUUAAUAAAAGGCCACAUAUGUUAUAUACGACGCAUGAUUGAA